GAUGGUGAUAUCCAACUUGCCGAAGUAAAGUAUUUCACCCGGCUUGCAGCUGAGUCUGGUGUCAGUGAAGAUGGACCAAUAUGGAGCUGGAAGGAUGUUGCUAUUGUUGUGAUGUAUUCUCAACCUGAUGUGGCCAUCCUUGAUCUCUCCUUCCAAGCAGUAAGCUUGUGUGCUUAUCUUGAAGAUGACAUUCAAGUCGUCAAUAUCAAGUCAAUCAAAGCUGUAGUUGGAAUGGUACCCCACAAGCCCACAUUACCAUCCGGAGUGGUAGAGAAUUGGUUUUUUCUUGUUGAAAAACCAGGGCUUGACAUUGCGACCUUC